CAAACCGGGGGUGAGACUGUGGUGCUCCUCUGUGCUUAUCAGCUGGUGGAAGGCUCCCUAAGCCGGAAUGUGAAGCCGGGUAUGUUUGUGAGCCAUCCAAGAAGCAGAGUUAUUUGUGGCGAUGUGAAACCAAAAGUAACCAGUGCCAGGCUCGUGCUGUUGUAUCCAACCCAGUGGAAUGUGGAUUUUGCCUCUUUUUCAUUGCCCAAAGAAGGAAAGCAACAGUGACAAACUGCUAAAAGAGAAGCUUCGUGAACAAAGGAGCAGCCCUCCCGAGGUCCUACAGAUACUGUAGUAUCGGGCCAUCCACAUGUUUGGCAGCUUUCCAAGUGCCUACAAGCUUGUGUUUACUGUACAGUUUCUCACACUUCUGGCAUGGAACAGGACUGUGCUAGUUCCGCCAAAGAAAAAACACAUUUGGAAUCUGCCAAAGAAAAAGGAAAUUACCAGAACAGCAGCUGGCAUCUUUCCAAGCCCAAAGGGCAAGUGGUACCCCUGUGAACCUAAAGAACUUCAGAACUUCCUUCACCACCAAAGACAGAGACACAGCAGUUCUGCCAAACUCAUUAAGUCUAGAACCUUUGCAGACUGGAAAUUUGCUGCUUCUUCAUAACCAACAUUCUCUGGUGGCAGCCUUCUUCUGUAGUUAACGCCUUUGUGGAAAUGAAGAGAGAUCCUAUGAAGCUGUUCCUGUGGCUCUUGCUGGUCAUCUCUGAUGUUUUGGCUUUCAGAAUGGAGAAACCUGUCAGAGAAAGGGCUGUUGAGCUAAUGAAGAAAGCCCCUCUAAUUGAUGGGCACAAUGACCUUCCAUUACGACUGAGGAUAUUGUACCAAAACAGACUAAGUAAAAUCAACUUAAAAAUUCUCAACACCACACGCACAAACAUUCAGAAACUUCAGUCUGGCCAUGUCGGAGCUCAGUUUUGGUCGGUGUAUGUUAUAUGCAGCGCUCAGAACAAGGAUGCUGUGCGUCUGACCCUAGAGCAGAUUGAUGUUGUCAAGAGGAUGUGUCAAAGCUAUCCAGAACUUGAACUUGUUAAUACUUCUCAAGGUAUUGCGGAUAGUAAAAAUAUAGCAUGCUUGAUUGGAAUAGAAGGUGGCCAUUCCAUUGACAGCAGUCUCGCAACGCUAAGGAUGUAUUAUGACCUGGGUGUUCGGUACAUGACUUUAACGCACACCUGCAAUACUCCAUGGGCAGAAUCUUCAUCAAAGCAAGUACAUAACUUUUAUCCUAAUCUGAAUGGUCUGAGUUCAUUUGGCAAAGAAGUGGUGAUGGAGAUGAAUCGCUUGGGGAUGAUGAUAGAUUUAUCCCAUACAUCAGACUCCACAGCAAGAAUGGCUCUCCAGAUCUCCAGAGCACCAGUUAUUUUCAGUCAUUCUUCAGCCUUCUUUGUCUGUAACCACUCAAGAAAUGUUCCUGAUGAUAUUCUUCAGAGUUUGGAAAGGAACAAUGGAAUUGUGAUGGUGACUUUCUAUACAAAGGUGCUGGCCUGUGGAAGAAAGGUGGUGAAUGUUACAACUGUGGCAGAUCAUUUUGACCACAUAAAGAAAAUUGCAGGUUCAAAAUCAAUAGGAAUUGGUGGUGACUACGAUGGAGUGGAUCAAUUCCCUGAAGGAUUGGAAGAUGUUUCGAAAUACCCUGCAUUGAUUGAGGAACUUCUGAGAAGAGGUUGGACUGAAAGCGAACUGACAGGGGUUUUAAGGGAAAACUUCCUCCGUGUUUUCAAGGAGGUGGAAAAAGUGCGGAAUGACAGUAGAUCAAUGAAUGAGAAUGAGGAUGAAAUCCCACAAAGAGAGGUGCAAAAUUCCUGUCGUCUGGACCUAAGAAAUCCUCCUCUUCAGACAUCUGAUACGCUUCCCAUUUCCUUUGGAUCUGCUUCUGUGGUACAAACUUUGGGUCUAAUGUUCAUUAGUGUAGUAUAUAUAAUACUGCAUUAACAAUGCACAGAAACCUGAUGGGUCAAAAGGGUUAUUGAAUACACAUACAAAAUACACAUGUAGAGUGAACUGCAAUGCAAAUGGAUAAAAUCUUCUGCUUAGCUACAAAGCUGUACCUCCAAGAUGUGUAAAUAGUAUUAAACCUAGAGCAUCAUUUAAGCGUACCUACAUAUGGCUUUAGCUUAAGUGUUUAGGUAGCAAUGUUUGGAAUACUGCUUGGUGCUGAAUACUCUUGGAUCCACUGAUGUCAAAGGAAGCUGGUAAUGCCCAGAACCUCUCGUCAGAUCCUGUACUACGUACAAGGCCCCUUGUUUUCAGUUUUUAUUUUGUUUAACAUUUCCUGUGAAUUUCAGUGUUUAUUACAAAAAAAUUAAAAACAUGGAUGAAAAUGA